UUUACUUUCAUCAUACUCUCUGUUAUCAAUGCAAACCUCGUCAGUUUUGGCAUUCAGUCUUUAAAAUUCAAGCCGUGUAGACGUUGAAAUACUGUUUCUUUCUUGAAUUUACGAUGACAACAUUCAGCGGCGUUAACAUACCAAAAGUGAGCCAUGUAAAUGAUGCUUCACAUUGGUAUAUAAGUGAAUUAACACAUCGCUUGGUGGAAAAAUCUGGAAUAUCCAACGACCGAUACCAUGUAGGAAAAAUUAUACUGGAAAGUCUUAAAGAUGAUCCACAAUUUGUAUUGCAAAUAGACGGAGCGACUGGAGAGUCAGAAAACUGCGGAUCAGUAUUAAAGAGAUCGGUGCAAUGUGCUAACGGGCUCAGAAAACUGGGCCUUAAGUCCGGUGACGUCAUGAUCUUAAUGGCACCGAGCCAUUUGGAUUUGGCCAUUCCAAUCUACGCAGCUCUAUAUCUUGGAAUCACUAUUGCUCCAAUUGACAGAUUGUUAAAAGUUAGUGAACUCCAAGACAUCUUUCACAUUGAUAAUCCAAAAGCUAUAUUCUGUCAAAAUGAAAGACUUGCUGACGUUCUAGAAGCGUCGAAAAUAUUGGACGUAAAACCAGAAGUUAUAACUUUUGAUAAGGGCGAUCAAGUGCUUAACUUCGCGGACUUUCUAGAAAACUAUGGAAACGACGUUAGCGUUGAAGAUUUCAGAGCCUCAGACUUCGCGCCGAGUUCUACAAUAAUAUUUUUAAUUAACACAAGCGGGACGACAGGCAAGCCGAAAUCGGCGGCCACUACAUACAGAAGUUACGCGAUAUCUAUGCCCUACCUAUGGGAAAGAUUUACUACAUUUCCGACUCCAACAAGAUUAGUGGUCAUCGUAUCUCCACUACAAUGGAUGACCGCAGUUUUUAACUUCGUCGGAUCAGCUGUUUUUAAAUUCACUAGACUUCAAUCCUCCCUGCCGAUAACACAGGAGCAUGCUUACUUUCUCUUCAAUAAAUACAAACCGUCAUAUAUGAUUCUGAGUCCAACAAUGAUGACAACUCUUGUAACGCCUGGUGAUAGAGAGAAGUGCGAUUUUUCCUGCUUCGAAACGAUACUAAUUGGCGGAAGUGCUGUUAGUAAAAAUCUUAUUGAAGAAGUAAAGAAAAUAACUCCAAAAGCGGAUGUUUUUGCAGCUUACGGUAUGAGUGAGUCUACCACGAUGAUAUUUCAGCAUGGCAACACUCCAGCUGGCUCUUGUGGGAUUCCCAGCGGAUUGUUCAUGUAUAGGUUGAUAGAUCCUCUGACGGGUGAAGAUAUCCAUGAACCCAACGUUCCUGGGGAGUUAAGACUUCAGAGUCCGGUUCUCUUCUCGGGAUACUAUAAUAACCCUGAAGCCACGGCAGCGACAUUGGAAGACGGGUGGUUGAAGACAGGAGACAUCUUUUACCCCGAUGAGAAUUGGAACUUCUUCUUUGUAGACCGACUUAAACAGUUGCUCAAGUACAAAAAUCAUCAAAUCUCGCCAGUGGAAGUGGAAGGUGUGAUCCGACAGCAUCCGAGCGUGUUGGACGUGGCGGUGGUGGGGAUACCAGACCCCGAGUGCGGAGACUUGCCGGUAGCUUGCGUGGUGCCUAAACCGGGACACACUAUAGUCCCGCAACAAAUUAAGGAUUUAGUCAAGAAUACAUUAGUAGAUACGAAACAGCUAAGAGGCGGAGUGAUCGUGAUGAGUGAGCUGCCUCUGACCGCCACUACGAAACUGCACAGACAGAAACUACAAGAAAUAGUCCUCACCGCGAAGAGAGAAUAAAAAUAUUAAUGUUAAUGUGUAUAAACGCCCGCAUCAAAACUUAUUACAAUAAAUAAUAUUAACAUACCGAUACCAC